AUGGGCUGCUGUGUGCUUGCGACACUGUUGCCCGUGAAGAUCGAUUCUGAGCAGAGCUUCCGGAGUGUCCGUGACGCCACUCACGAAGCAUACUGGGAAAGCGUUUCCCAUGCCCAGCCCAUCGAGCAUGUUGUGGAUUGGUUAUCGGUUUCCGAAACUGACAAGGCCUCGACCCAGGUCCUUUUUGUUUACCAUGACAAAUCCCAAGCGGAGCAUAUUAUUCAAGCAGGAACGUCCGCCAGCAACACGGCAUUCCGGUCCGAAUUUGUCGCCAGCAUCGCCGAGAGUUUCGAAAAUAUGAUUCGUCGGCUGGGAACUUACGGUCCCGAUAGUAUCUUGAGAGAUAUCCCCUUCUGCAGCGCCGAAAUGGAAGAAGCGGCGCUGGUCCAUACCACCACUGCCAUGUCUCUGUCUCAGCGCUCCAGGCUCCUGGACAACCCGGAACGCCAUUACCUCGAUGCCCUCGUCUUUGAGUCAAUCCAUCGACUCUCCCAACAGCAGGCUUGCAUUUGCUGCCCUGGGCCAUCGUAUCCUGAAUUUGGCAGCUGA